GCUAUGUGACGAAUUCGCUCGUCGCCCUUUACAGGAGCUUACUUCAAGCUAUUUAAAGGUAGAUAAUUAGAAAAAUAAAGUAAAUACGAGGAUAACCUACUGCAUAUAUACAGAAGUAUAUUAACGAGACGUUUUUAUUGUAUAUAUUUUAAGCGUUCCUGUGAAGAUCUGUCUAAACAUGUGUGAAAUGAGCGUCGCUUAGCAGUGCUCGUGACGCACGUCAACAUCAGUUGUUUAGAGACUAAACACAAACGCGUUAUGGCGGAAAGCAGCGUUCUAGAGAAACUGGAUUUCGGAGCUUUAAGCUUCGAGCAGCAGGAGAGACUGCGACAGUUCAAGAUCAAAACGAGGAUCUCUAAUGAAAAAUAUUUGAGAUCUCAUCCAGAGGUGGACCUGUUAUUAAGUGACUUCUUAAGGGAGGUGUUUCUGAAAAGACCUACAGAUAUCCGAGAAUUUGCAGCAGAGCAUUUCAGUGACCCAGGACUACAAAAGAAAAUUGAGACUCAAAUGAAUAUCCAUAUAUAAACAUAUCCAUAUGUAAAAAUUUAAUAAAAUACAAAAACGCUAA